AUGAACAAAUUAGAUAUUAAAUUCUGGGCAGAGAACAGUGAGAAACGUUCUAUAUGGCCUGCUGCAUAUCUACUUGGGGCAACGGAUCUUAUCCCACUACCCAAAACUUGUGAGGAUGCUCUCUCGAAAUUACUUGUCAAUGGACAUGCAAAUUAUUUACCAGACAAUUCCACAAUUGUGCUGGAUGCCCUCAUUGAUGGCAAGGGCCGAACUGAUCAGGUGUCCUUGUGGGUACCUGAUGAUUGGGAUCAUGUAUUGUCUUUGAAUGGUGGCAUCUGCAAACGCAUUCAAAACUAUCUUACUCAUAACCCAGCAACAUCAAAUGUGCCAACCAUGCUAGCCGAAAUCAUCAGUCGGGUCGAAGGCAUGAUCACUCAGCCUUCUACCUGUCAGGGAUCGGCCCCUGACCCCGCUGUCAGGGCACCCAACCACACCCCAGAACCACCUUCCCAGACUUCCCCCACUCCCCAGACCUCCCCAUCCCUACAUACCUCUCACAGCUUCAGCCCGCAUACUGCAUCAUCAACCAAUGGACCCGAUGUGAAGACAACCAGCAAAUCCUCUGGAGCCAAGCUCCACUUUGGCCUUCAAAUCGACCUACCCCUCCACACCAUGGACCCUUCCAAGGACACGGUUUCCCAUGUCUUGGAUGUCCCCAAGUCCUGGACUCCCAAACAUGCACUAUUGACGAUCGCAUCUGAGAUGGGUGUGAACCUUGAAGUUCACAGAAUUGCGUAUAAAACAUCUAAAAUGAAGGUAAGGGAUGACCCUGUCCCCAUUGACUGUGCAGGUACCCUUGCAGCCGGCCUGGAGCACCAGCGCUGCAUUCAGUCCUGCACUUUCGAGCAAAAGCACCUGAAGAUCAUCAACCUUGCCAAGGGAAAGAAAUCAUCUACUGACUCUAAAGCUGGCCCAGCCACUGCCUUGCGUUCAGAGAAAUUCUGCCAACUCUUAGAAGCCACUCUGUGCAGUAGGCAUUCUUGUCACUGUUACCCCCACCCGAAGGCAGAAUGGGGCCAUCUGCGUUUGUCAAAUGAGGCCCUCAGUCUAUGGGCUAACUGUCUGAGCGAAGGUAGGGCAGGUGUAACGUUGGACAGGCCACCCCAUCACAAUCUAUUUGACCCAUCACACAUCAAACAUGGGAAACGCCCUCAGUCCCACUCGCCCCCUCACACUUUCAAACACGCAGAUGUCACCUCAGCAACUGCAAAAAAAUACUCUCGGUCUCUCUCACCCCUUCACAACCCCAAACACAUGAAGACUGCUGAGUCACCCCAUGUUGACUCACCUGCUGGCCCAACCCCAGGGCCCAGUACAUUCAAGAUCACUUCAUCUUCACCUGCCACCCCAACCCUGAAGCCAAGGACACUCAAGGUCGCCAUCAACUCAGCAAGAUUGAGCAUACCAAUCUGUGCCCCACUCAUCAACAUAUCCUCAUCGUCGCCUGUCAUCGCGUCAUCAUCACCCACUCAUGGUCAAUGCCAAGUCAAACUCAAUCGCCAUUCAACAACUGUCAUCAACAUCACAUCAUUGCUGUCAUGCACUCAUGGUCAACGUCAGGUCAAACACCGGGUCAAGCACAACUUCCAUUUGACAACUAUCGUUGACAUCCCAUCAUCACCGACUGAUCACCUUUCGCGCAAGCAUGUCAACUCCCCUCCAAUCGCCUACCUUGGAUCCAACUCCGAAAGCGAGGAUGACGUUGGGUUUGACAUUGAACGGCAUCUUGGUGCUACCUCCCAUUCUGGGGUUAGGCAUGAUCUGGUGGAGCUCAGCAAUGAUGAGCUUGAUGAGGCCGUCAAUGAGCUUGAUGCCAACGAUGCAGACUCAGAUGUUUUCCUCUGA